GAAAAUAGGAGUAGCCCGAAGGCUGGGAACGAGAAGGAGUUAAUGUUUGAACCUGGCCAUAAAGGAAUCAACAGCUGCUGACUUCUGGCCACUAUUCGAAGGGAAGGGAGCCCCCUAUAAAACAGCCUACAGUGGACAGUCUGGUCGGCAGAGCUGCAGGUCAGUCGUGAAGAGGGAGCUCUAUCACCACCAUGAGUUUCUCCGGCAAGUACCAACUGCAGAGCCAGGAUAACUUUGAACCCUUCAUGAAGGCAAUCGGUCUGCCGGAAGAACUCAUCCAGAAGGGGAAGGAUAUCAAGGGGGUGUCGGAAAUCGUGCAGAACGGGAAGCAUUUCAAGUUCACCAUCACCGCUGGGUCCAAAGUGAUCCAAAACGAGUUCACCGUGGGGGAGGAAUGUGAGCUGGAGACAAUGACAGGGGAGAAAGUCAAGACAGUGGUUCACUUGGAAGGCGACAAUAAACUGGUGACAACUUUCAAAAACAUCAAGUCUGUGACCGAACUCAACGGCGACAUAAUCACCAAUACCAUGACAUUGGGCGACAUUGUCUUCAAGAGAAUCAGCAAGAGAAUUUAAACAAGUCUGCAUUUCAUAUUAUUUUAGUGUGUAGAAUUAAUGUAAUAAAGUGAACUUUGUUUU